UUGGACAGUACAGUGUGUUAUUUAGUGAUGCGGCGAUUAUAGCGUCCGACGCGACACUCCUCCGCUCACAGGUCUAUGAAGUGCUCUGCAACUUUGAAAAUGUCUUAAAGCAAGCCGAUAGAUGACUAAAGCCUGUUUCGUGGUAGAAUUUAGGCGUAAUAGAAUUACUAGAGUAGAUUUAGUAUCCUCAUUGUCCUCAAGACGAGCAGUAUGUUGCCUUGGAAGAAGAACAAGUUCGAGCUGAUCGAGGAAGACAAGCAGCAGUCCAAGCAGAAGGGCUAUGCCGUGAGCCUCAACUACUCUGCGCUCACAUCCUUCGCCAAAUCCUGCCCAGAAAGCGCGCUCAACAGAGUCGGGAGCAUGUUCAAAUCCAAGAGGAAAAAGGUGAAAAUCACCAGCGAGGACCCUACCUAUACAGUCUUGUAUCUGGGGAAUGCCACCACCAUCCAGUCCAAGGGGGACGGAUGCACGGACGUGGCCGUCAGUAAGAUCUGGGGCAAGAGCGAGAUGGGCAAGAACGGCACCAAAAUGAAGUUGACCAUCAGCUCGCAGGGCAUCCGCAUGGUCCACGUCGACGAAAAGGCGAAGAGACCAGGACAUCUCUAUUUAUUGCACAGGAUCACCUACUGUGUCGCAGACCCGCGGCUCCCCAAGAUAUUCGCCUGGAUCUACCGGCACGAGAUGAAACACAAGGCGGUGAUGCUGCGCUGCCACGCCGUGCUGGUGUCCAAGCCGGAGAAGGCGAAGGCCAUGGCGCUGCUCCUCUACCAGACCUCAGCGACAGCCCUGGCCGAGUUUAAAAGACUCAAAAGAAGGGACGAUGCCAGGCACCAGCAGCAGCAGUUGAUCGGGGAGCAGACGAUUCCCUUGGUGCCCUUGAGGAAGCUGCUAAACGGACAGUGUUACUAUAAACCCCCGGUGGAGCGCAGCAGGAGCGCACCCAAGCUGGGCUCCAUCACGGAGGACCUGAUCGGGGAGGAGGAGGAGGAGAAAGCCAUGCACUUUGAGUGCGAGGAUAUUCUGGACAACGACAGCGACUGUAUGGCCAACGGCAAGCAAGAACUGUGUCAGAUUAUCAAUGACUUGGGCUCCAUGAGUAUAGGGAACGAUGUGCAGACGCUAAAAGCCGACCUGAAAGUGACUCGCCUGCUGUCCGGGGAGAGCACGAGCAGCGAGUCCUCCAUAGAGAGCAACCAAGAGCCUGUUUCUCUGCCUAACGGCAUUGUGGAUGGGAAAAUGCAAGAAGUCGGCUGACUGUUCUUGGAAAAGAAAAGAAAAAAACAAUCUAGCCACACUUAUAUGGUAACAAUGAUGCGUUUGGGUGCAUGAAUGUGCCACUUCAUCCAUUUGACUUGAAAGCGCGCUGUUAUUCACGGGAUGUGUGUGGAAACCUAGUCAGCUGCCUACUUAGACAUCAUGUUUGGGACAAAAUUGUAAACAUUUAAUUGCCGCCUUAAGUCAAAGUGGUGCCAAAGUUACAACCUGCACUUCUUCAGCCAUUUUGAAUUGGUUUACUGAUUAGGAGAGUUGAGUUUAAAUGGCAGAAGUGAUUGUGACAAGAUGGAAACCAAGACAAACUUUUUUUGUUUGUUUGUUUGUUUGAGUUCACCAAAAUGCCGUCUAGAUAGGCAGCUCACUAGGUUUUGAGACAAGCCAUGGAGAUGUUUGUGGACUUACAGACACUCGCACAAUAAUCCCUCAUUAGGGACCUGGAUGGAAGUUGCUCUGCGCAAUAAGACGCUUAAAGUCUCUGCUUAGCCUCUCUAUGGGGAAAGAGGUUUUAGGAAAGAUCUGUUUACCUAAUAUGUUUCCCUCAAGGAAAUGUUUAACAGUCCUGAAAUAUGUAACUCAAUCUUUCUUUCUUUCUAUAUUUCUUUCUUUCUUUCGAAAGAAGCGUCUAAACUAGUUGAAGAACGAGUUACAAAACUACUUUCCUUUCAGGAUGUUCCAUUUUUGUUUUAAAUUUUGCACUGUGGUGGAUUUCAGACAAGUAUUAUGUUAUUAUUUAUGUGCAUAAUAUGGUUUUCCUUUAAAUGUUCUUACAGACAUGUUUUAUCUUUGCUGUGCAAAAGAGACCAUUUUCCUGAUGUACAGAGAUGUAUAUAUAAAGUGUAAACAAAAUGCGUUAUUUUUUAAACAAUGUGGUUUGUUUCUGUGAACACCAAUAAAAAAAAGUCAAAUGCA